GUUGUUAAAAGCAAAUUGGAUGGUGUUUUACUUUGGUGCCGUACAGAAAAGAUAAAGAGAAUAUUUUUUUAUAAACACAUAUUUUAAAAUGGCAUUCAUUACGGCUUACUGGGGUCUGGAUAGCAUGAUAGCUCUAACGGCUCUCAUCAUAGCCGCCUAUCUUUACAUGACUCGCAAAUUCAAUUAUUGGAAGAAACGGAAUGUUGUGGAAAUACGGCCAACGCCAUUCUGGGGCAAUUUCAUGGAUUGUGCGCUUUUAAAGAAAUCUCCUGGCUCUUUCAUAAAAGAACUUUACGAUCAAGCAAAGGGACUACCUUACAUCGGUUUCUACGUUUUAGACAAGCCAUUCUUGUUGGUUCGCGAUCGGAAAAUCGUCAAGAAUGUUUUAGUAAAGGACUUUAAUUAUUUUGUCGAUCGAUAUGGCUCGCCUGAUCCGAAUGAUCGUAUAGGUUAUGCUAAUCUCUUCUUCCUGAAAAGUCCAGCCUCGAAGAUGUUACGAACAAAGUUGACGCCGAUCUUUACAUCCGGCAAACUAAAGAAAAUAUUUGAAUUGCAGAUUGAAUGCGCUACGAAUCUAGACACGUAUUUAGAAUCCUUGAAGGUGGACGGUAUGUGUUCAGAAAUAUUUAUCAAAUAUUAUAUAUAAUGUUGAGACGUAAAGAAUUUUACGACAAAAAUUGCGAUAAGUAAAUCAAUUUCUCUGUUCAUUUCGCAUAUAAAAAUGAAAGAGAUAUAAUAAAAUACAAAAUAUAUAU